UUUAGAAAGAAUAAUUAAAAACUACAUUUUGCCCAAAGAUAAAUUUGGUGCGUAGUGAUACGGUUAUAAACAACAUGGCGGUCAUAACAAGAGUUCCACCUAAAAAUCUUUGGGAUGAAAUUGUCAAAGAGUUUGCCUCACAAAGGCCACCUUUCAGGGACGAUGAUGAUAUAUCAGUACGGACAGAGUAUAUUGAUUAUAACCCAGCCAAGCAUAAUCCAGUGUUUUAUGGUAAAAUGCAUGAACAGGUUGUAACAGAUAAUGAUCCCAUGAAAGAUGUGGACCCAGCUACAACUCAUCCCUCAUGUGUUGGAUUCGCCUUUACAGAGAAACCUCCAGACUCUCCGCCACCACCUCCUACACCUCCACCACCAAAGGAAAAAUGUAAUCCCAGGGAGUAUUUAGAACAUUAUGUAUUUCCAGUCCUAUUACCUGCCCUUGAGGAGAUGUUGAGACAAGCAAAGAAAGAAAAAUGCUUAGAGAGAAAAAGGACAAAGUUCAAUGCCUUAGAUUUCCUUACAGAAUAUUUAUAUAAACGCAAUUCCUUGCACAGUGGAAGAGAAAAUGUACAGCUUGAAGAAAUACCUUUCGUAAAGGAGUGGCUAAAGGACCAUCCUCGUCCACCUCUACCUUUGUCUCUGGUCUGGACAGAGGAAGAGGCUACCCUUAUCAUACAAUCCUACUGGAGAGGAUAUCUGGUACGACGAGAGCCAGACGUACAGGAACUACGACAGUGGCAGAGAGAAUGGAGGGAAGAAAACAGUAACAUCUCCAGACGUGUAAGUGAUUUCUGGGAGAAAAAGAUGCCGGAGGGUGAUAAACCCACACCAAACGCUUCAGAGGAUGUACUGACAGGGGAGGCAACUCCAAUUACAGUACAGUCGCCAACGAAACAAGCAGACACCAAGUGAUCACGAUGGCUGGACCGAGACAUUGUUAUCUGUCAUCAACAGCAGGGGAGGACAUCAUGUAUACAGGAAAACAUCUCUAAGCAUUUGUCUGGAGUUUGGCUCAAAUAAUUAUUUGAGGUUUUACACCUGUAAAUUUCUCACCUGUGCAAACAUAUACCGAGUCUUUAAAAUCGAUAGCCAUUGUGUUGAAAAUAACAAGAUAUGAACAGAAAUUUUGAGGAAAUGCUUGCUGUGGUAAAAUUUUCCUUAUAAAAUUGCAUGGAUUUUCUACAUCAUUUGAAGUUAAUGAAAAUGUUCAAGGGAGCAAUGUGACCCAAGUGGAGGAAUUUUAGUAGAAAUCUAUUACUGGUUACAUCCAGAGGAUAAAGGUCUGUGAUAUUCAUACACAUGAAUUAUUUCAUGUGUACAUAAUCAUUUAAAUAUUUUAAAUGUUUGUGAAAUAGUUAUUGUGAAAAAUAAUAUUUAAUGAUAUGUAAAAUACAAAACAAAAAACACAAACA